AUGAGGAAGCCGAAAGGCGAAAUACGCGUCGUCGUGGUUCUGUUCCGGGCCGAAGGAAGAAGAUUUCGGAUGCGGAGGCCUCUUUUCUGUCGAAUUCUAAAUGCAGUUGAAUCAUAUGAUCCCUACUUCGUGCAAAGACAUGAUGCAAUCGGGGUCCGUGGCUUAUCAUCUCUUCAAAAGGUAAUAGCUGCACUCAGAAUACUUGCCUAUGGAAUUCCAGCUGAUCUUCUAGAUGAUCAUAUACGCAUAGGUCAAAGCACCUCCCUUUAUAGCUUACGUCAUUUUGUCGAAGCGAUAGUUGUCUUUUUCAGUGAAGUAUAUCUAAGAACACCAACCGAAACAGAUCUAUCGCGACUGCUCCAAGCUAACGAGCAACGUGGAUUUCCAGGGAUUCUUGGAAGCAUUGAUUGCAUGCAUUGGGAGUGGAAAAAAUUUCCAACUGAAUUGGAAAGGAAUUUACACGGCCAUUCUCGUUCACCGACUAUUGUAUUAGAGGCAGUUGCUUCAGGAUCUUUGGAUAUGGCAUGUUUUUUUAAGAAUGCCAGGCUCACUUAA